AUGUUUCUUACAGAGAAAAGCUCCCCAAAGGAGCACAAUGCCACGCUAUGUGACGACAAUCACAGCAGCACUGGCAGCGAGAGCGCCCACGACGUCUUUGGCUCCGAGGAGCACCACGACAUCAAGUACAAGCGCCUCUCGUGGCAGCUCGUUGCCAUUCUCAUGAUUGCUGAAAUCGUGUCCAACGGCAUGCUUUCGCUGCCAUCGGCCUUUGCUGCCGUCGGCAUGGUGCCCGGCAUCGUCAUCAUCGUCUUCCUCGGCGUCUUUGCCACCUACACCUCGUGGCUGCUGGUGCAGUUCAAGCUGCGCCACCCAGAGGUGCACACCAUGGCCGACGCCGGUUUCAUCAUGUUUGGCCCCAUUGGCCGCGAAAUCAUGGCCUUUGGCACCUUUUCCUUUGCCAUCUUCGCCACUGGCAGCCAACUGCUCGCCGGCCAGAUUGCGCUGGCUUCGCUGAGCGAUAGCAAGCUCUGCAACCUCGUUUACACGGGCAUCUUCACCGUCGCCUCGCUCGCCGUCUCCCUGCCGCGCACAUUCCACGGCUUGGGAUACGUCUCCAUCCUGAGCGUCGUCAGCAUUAUUAUUGCUGGUAUCGUGGCAAUGGGUGCUGCUGGAGCUGAGCCCGUCGUUGGUCGCUCUGUCGAGGCUGCUGUAACCUCCGACUUCUACUCUGCCUUUGCCGCCGUCACGAAUCCCGUCUUUUCUUUCGCAGGACACUUCAUGUUCUUCGUCCUCAUUUCCGAAAUGAAGGAACCCAAGCACGCGAUGCGCUCGGCCUACUGCCUGCAGACCUUCACCACCACCUACUACGUCAUCUUUGCAGCCGUCACAUAUGGCUAUCUCGGAAGCCAGGUCUUGUCGCCGUCGUUUUCUUCGCUGUCGCCAUACUGGGCCAAGGUCUCGUACGGCAUUGCCAUCCCCAACUUGCUGCUCGCUGCCGCCCUAUAUGCGCACACGGCCGCCAAGGUCAUCUUUGUGCGCCUCUUUCGCAAGUCCAAUCAUCUGCACAGCCAUACCGUCAUUGGAUGGAGCGCCUGGGUUAUUCUUGUCGUCUUCUGCAAUGCAUUGGCUUUCCUCCUAGCCACGGGCGUGCCCAUCUUUAAUUACCUUGUUGGACUUGCUGCCUCACUGUUUGCUGCUUGGUUCACUUAUGGCGUUGCCGGUAUGUUUUGGCUUCACGACUCGUAUCACGACGGUGCAGGUUUCCACGAAUGGCGUCGUCAAUGGGGCCAGUUUCUGCUGUGUGCAUUUACCGUCGUGGCCGGUGCUUUCAUCUGCGUCGCUGGUCUCUAUGUCACCAUUCGCGGGCUCGUGGAUGCAUACGCCAAUGGCGAGAUUCCCUCGCCCUUCUCUUGCAAGUAG